AUGAGAGUGAUGGCCGACGAGGAGACUUUGGUGGCUACGGCAGCCAUCAUUAGGUCCCUAGCCGCCUCACCGAAAGAUCCAGCAUAUACUUCGGUCCCUAUUGGCACCAAUUCUGGGAUCAAGUUGCCCGGUCGCGAAAGCCACGCCAAGGAAUCUGUCGAACGUGAGCUGUCAGCCCUCGUAGUCAGGGUUCAACAACUUGAGGCCAGAGCCAACCUCGCUAAUGGCGCAACUUUCCCCGAUACACCCAAUGAGACGGCCGAGUCUCUUUUCGGUGAAGAGUCUCCUAGUUCUCUGAAGUCCUCAACGCGAUCUCGGCAUCCUGUCCUCCCUCCUACCCGAAAUGGCUCUACCGAAGAUCGACCAAUUAAGGUCCUUCCACUCACUAACGAAGAUCUCGAAGGGCUUCACGAGCGCGUGAUAGACCAGUCUAAAAUGCUCGAUAAUCAACGCCAGGAAUUGACGAAUGUUAAUGCUCAGCUCAUCGAGCAGAAACAAUUGCAGGAGAAAGCGCUCGAACUUAUGGAAAAGGAACGAGUUGCUGCCUUGGAACGAGAAUUAUGGAAACAUCAGAAAGCCAACGAAGCCUUCCAAAAGGCGCUACGUGAAAUUGGUGCAAUCGUUAGUGCCGUCGCCCGAGGUGAUCUAACCAUGAAGGUUCGGAUGAAUACCGUAGAAAUGGACCCUGAAAUUACGACUUUCAAACGGACUAUCAAUACUAUGAUGGAUCAGCUUCAGGUCUUCGCCAGCGAGGUUUCCCGUGUCGCGCGUGAAGUCGGUACCGAUGGAAUACUGGGCGGCCAAGCUAUGAUCGAAGGUGUAGACGGAACAUGGAAAGAACUCACGGACAAUGUCAACGUUAUGGCUCAAAAUCUCACCGACCAAGUGCGAGAAAUCGCAUCAGUCACAACUGCUGUCGCCCAUGGAGACCUAACUAAGAAAAUCGAGAGACCGGCUAAUGGUGAAAUUCUUCAACUUCAACAGACCAUCAAUACUAUGGUUGAACAACUGCGUACAUUUGCUUCCGAAGUCAGUCGCGUCGCCCGAGAUGUAGGUACCGAAGGUAUACUGGGAGGUCAAGCCGACGUAAUGGGAGUCCAAGGUAUAUGGAAUGAAUUAACGGUAAACGUGAACGCCAUGGCAAACAAUCUCACUACUCAGGUGCGCGAUAUCGCAAAGGUCACUACUGCCGUUGCCAAGGGAGACCUCACUCAAAAGAUCCAAGCCGAAUGUAGGGGCGAGAUUUUCGAACUAAAAUCCACUAUCAAUUCCAUGGUGGAACAGCUGUCGCAGUUCGCGCGAGAAGUCAGCAAGAUAGCGAGAGAAGUCGGAACCGAGGGUCGCCUGGGUGGCCAGGCUACUGUGAAUGACGUUGAGGGAACUUGGCGUGACCUCACCGACAACGUGAACGGCAUGGCCAUGAACUUGACAACGCAAGUGCGAGAGAUUUCUAAGGUUACCACUGCCGUAGCAGCUGGCGACCUAUCCCAGAAGAUCACCGUCGAGGUCAAGGGUGAGAUGCUCAGACUAAAGCUCACAAUAAACUCCAUGGUGGACCGCCUAGGCAAGUUUGCUUUCGAAGUCAGCAAAGUCGCCAGGGAAGUCGGAACCGAUGGAACCUUGGGUGGCCAAGCUCGAGUAGACGAUGUCGAAGGGAAAUGGAAAGACCUCACCGAAAAUGUCAACACCAUGGCCUUGAACCUUACAUCUCAAGUGCGGGGUAUAUCAACCGUCACUCAAGCCAUCGCCGAUGGUGACAUGAGCCAGAAGAUCGACGUCCAGGCAAAGGGCGAGAUACUAGUCCUGAAGGAAACCAUCAACAACAUGGUUGACCGUUUGUCAGUAUUCUGUAAUGAAGUGCAGCGUGUGGCAAAGGACGUUGGUGUUGAUGGCAAGAUGGGAGGCCAAGCCGAUGUUGGAGGUCUCAAGGGACGAUGGAAGGAAAUCACAGCUGACGUCAACACGAUGGCAACAAAUUUGACCACUCAGGUGCGAGCUUUCGGCGAUAUAACUAAUGCUGCUACCGAUGGAAACUUCACCAAGCUGGUCGACGUAGAAGCUUCUGGCGAGAUGGAUGAACUCAAACGCAAGAUCAACCAGAUGGUGUACAACUUGCGAGACAGUAUUCAAAGAAAUACACAGGCAAGAGAGGCGGCUGAACAAGCGAACAAGACCAAAUCCGAAUUCUUGGCCAACAUGUCUCACGAGAUCCGAACACCCAUGAACGGCAUUAUUGGAAUGACCCAGCUAACCCUCGACACCGACCUCACACAAUAUCAGAGAGAAAUGCUGAAUAUUGUGAACAACUUGGCCAACAGUCUGUUGACUAUUAUCGACGACAUAUUGGAUCUAUCGAAGAUUGAGGCUCGGAGAAUGGUUAUUGAAGAAAUCCCGUAUACUUUACGGGGUACUGUCUUCAACGCCUUAAAGACGCUGGCUGUCAAGGCGAACGAGAAAUUCCUCGACCUCACAUAUCGGGUCGACAGCUCCGUGCCUGAUUAUGUGGUCGGUGAUUCCUUCCGUUUACGACAAAUCAUUCUCAAUCUUGUAGGCAAUGCCAUCAAGUUUACGGAGCACGGCGAGGUGAGUUUGACGAUUCGGAAAGCCGAAGGCGCCCCACCCAAGGAUCCGCGAGAAUACGCUAUCGAGUUCGUCGUUUCAGAUACGGGCAUAGGAAUACCGCCAGACAAACUCGACUUGAUUUUUGACACAUUCCAACAAGCUGACGGGUCAAUGACUCGUAAGUUUGGUGGUACCGGCUUAGGUCUGUCAAUCUCAAAGAGGUUGGUUAACCUAAUGGGCGGUGAUGUUUGGGUCAAGAGCGAGUUUGGCAAGGGUAGCUCGUUCUACUUCACCUGCGUAGUCAAGCUUGCAGACGGCGAGGUUGCAUCCAUUGAGAAGCAACUAAAACCAUACAAAGGACAUCAAGUUCUGUUCAUUGACAAGGGACGUACCCAAUAUGGUAGAGAAAUUGUCAUUAUGCUGCAGAGGCUUGGCCUGGUACCGGUCGUCGUCAAUACCGAAGGAAAUCCCAAUAUCCCCGGCUCGGACGACCCGCCGUACGAUGUCAUCAUCGUUGAAUCUAUCGACACCGCUCGUAAGUUGAGGGCCAUCGAAGACUUUAAAUACCUCCCUAUUGUCCUGUUGGCUCCAGUUGUGCAUGUCAGCUUGAAGUCUUGCUUAGAUUUAGGCAUCACGUCUUAUAUGACUACUCCAUGCAAGCCAAUUGACCUGGGGAAUGGAAUGGUCCCCGCCCUAGAGAACCGUGCCACCCCAUCGCUAGCCGACAACACGAAAUCCUUCGAAAUCCUUCUCGCCGAGGAUAACAGAGUCAACCAACGGCUCGCCGUGAAGAUCCUUGAGAAAUAUCACCACGCAGUCACCGUCGUCGGCAAUGGUCUAGAGGCGGUGGAAGCCAUCAAGAAGAAGAAGUUUGACGUCAUUCUUAUGGACGUACAGAUGCCAAUAAUGGGAGGCUUUGAGGCUACUAAUAAAAUACGCGAGUACGAACGCAGCCUUGGGUCUCAUCGAACACCGAUCAUCGCACUUACAGCUCACGCCAUGAUGGGAGACCGGGAGAGAUGCAUCCAAGCCCAGAUGGACGAAUACUUAUCUAAACCUCUGCAGCAAAACCACUUGAUACAGACGAUCUUAAAGUGUGCAACUCUUGGUGGCGCACUUCUCGAGAAGAAUCGGGAACGAGAACUGGCUCGUCAAGCUGAGCAAAAGAACGGCGGCAAACAAAACGGGCAGAACCACAUGAGGCCUAGCUUAGAAGGUCGUUCGAUAACGACGAACGAACCCCUGAUGGGAACCAUGGAGAGCCCAUCUAUUGUCUCAACGAAUCAAGACGAUCCGUUGCACAGGGCACGUUCAACCCUCUCUGAACCCUGCGUUCAACAUGACUAA